GAACGCACCGCCGUGCGGGUUGAACGCGCAUGGGGGAAGCCUGACAUUCCAAAUACGUCUUUUUUUAAUUAUUAAUAUUUAUUAUUAUUAUUAUUAUUUAUUACUCUUCUGCUGGGAGACACGCAACCGGCAGCUGGAUUAUGGAACUGAGUGUCAUCCCACGCGCGGGUGCAGGUCUAGUCUGGUGACGUCACGCUCGGGGCAGGCUCAAGCGUGGGCGGGGCAGCGUGAAUUUGGUCCCACGCAAGCGGAGCUCGACCUUCUUCUCCUUCACUAUGGUCACGACUCGCGUGGACGGAGCUGCGGAGAAAACAGAGAAUUGCUCCAAGUUGCCCUUUUUUUUUUGUUUUUUGUUUUGUUUGUUUUAGGAUUCUAGAGGAGCCUUAGUCUCUCCUUCCCUCCCAUGUCGCCACGCGCGUCCGCUUCGGCGUGGACUUUUCUGCGCCUCGCUUCGUCGGACCCACGCGCGGCGCAUGCAUCUGCAUCGCGCGGCUGACUCGUCUGCAUCCCUCCUUGUAAUCUCCUCCAAGGUGUCAUGAAUUUGGAGAGACUCUCCGAGGCCGCGGCGGCGGCGCGGGUCCACGCCAAUCCGAACCCCCCUCCUCCUCCUCCUCCUCCUCCUCCUCCUCAGGCGUCACGCGACGUGGGCCCCGCGUUCCACUUGCAGCCCAGAAGCUCCAACAUCAACACGAGCGCUCGCGGAGGGACUUUAGAGCACUCGAGCAGCGAGUCUUCCGACGCCGAGUUGGCAGCGGAGAAGGAGCGAGCAGACGACGCCAAGAAGAAGAAGCAGCGGCGGCAGCGCACGCACUUCACCAGCCAGCAGCUGCAGGAGCUCGAGGCCACCUUCCAGCGCAACCGCUACCCGGACAUGAGCACGCGCGAGGAGAUCGCCGUGUGGACCAACCUCACCGAGGCCAGAGUUCGGGUGUGGUUCAAGAACCGCCGAGCCAAGUGGCGGAAGCGCGAGCGCAACCAGCAGAUGGACCUGUGCAAGAACGCCUACCUGCCGCAGUUCGGCGGCCUGGUGCAGCCCUACGACGACAUGUACCCGGCGGCGGCGGCCGCCUACACCUACAACAACUGGCCCAACAAGAGCCUGCACGGGCCCAAGAACUUCCCCUUCUUCAACUCCGUCACGCAGUCCGUGUCGGGCAUGUUCUCGUCGUCGCCGGCGCCCAUCUCGGGCAUGAGCGUGCAGGCGGCCGCCGCCGCCGCCGCCGCCACCAUGCCCGGCAUGGGCGGCCCCCCCGCGCCGAGCCUCAACAACAUCGGCAACCUCAACCCGCCCGGCCUGAACGGCGCCGGCAUGUCGUCGCCGGGGUGCCCGUACGCGGCGGCGGCGGCGGCGGCCGCUGCCGGCUCGCCCUACGGGGUGUACCGGGACAACCCGGGCCUGGCCACGCUCAGACUCAAGUCCAAGCAGCACCACCACCACCACCAUCACCACCACCCCACCUUCGGCUACGGGGGCCUGCAGAGCCCCGCCUCGGGCCUCAACGCCUGCCAGUACAACAGCUGACCCCGCAAGUCGCCGCACUUGUUACGAUGUACGGACAUCCCAUGUAAAUAGAGACAGGCUUAACGCGUGCAAAAUUGUCGGGUCCCCCCCCCCAACCCAACCCAACCCACCCUCUUGG